AUGCAAGCCAAUUCUACACAUGCUGGCAACACUCUGCCUUUCGAACACAUCGCCACCGAGGGUGAGAAUGCUUGGUCGGGAGUCACGUCGACUUGGAGGAAACCCCACAACGCCGAUGUCUGGACGUCGACGUCAGGGACCUCGACUUCCGAAGUUACCUGGGAUGACUACUCCGCUCUAUUCGGCACUGACAAUCCUAUGAUCUUUGAAUAUCCCAACUUUCUAUGGCCCCUCGAGGAGCUCAAUCAAUCGAGCGAGGUUGUUCACGCGCCUGUGGAGAGAUCGCUAGACGUCGCAGUUGCUCCCACCGCCACCACCACCACCACAAUCACCAGCGGGAGCACGAAAACCCCAUACGCGAAUCAUCCGUUCAUCUACCACUUCAAGACAGGACGACCUAUCGACAUCUCCAUCAUCUGCAGCUUCCUCCAUCCUCAGCCCUGUUGGAACCAAAUCACAUCGCUUGGAAGCUUUCUUAAGGUUAUACAUCCUCAGCAGUGGGUCGUCUCCGGUGCAAUUAGAGACGGCAUAUCUGCACGGGUGUAUGGUAUGCUCUCACGACGCCUGGAGCAUUCUUAUUCUAAGACGAUACCACAGUCAUUUCCGCCCCUGGAAACCAUCCAAGUCUGCUUCCAGGCUUACCAGAGGAACUUUGCGGGUCUAUACCCCAUCAUCCAUCCUUCCACGUUGUCAGAGAGCUGGUGGACUAGCAAAGACGCUGAGAACGACAUAGGGAUCCUCUUCACAGCCAUUAUGACCCUUGGAUGCCUAGGGCUUCCAAUCCAAGAACCCCGGCAAUUCGCUAUUGAGCUCACCUACCUGAUCAGAAUCGCCAUCAACGAGAGUGCAGAGCGGGAUGAAUCUAAUCUCGAAGACAAGUGGGUUCUGAGCGCGUGGCUGCUGAUGACCGUUUUUAGUGCCUGGUCUGGUGUCAAGCGGCAUUCGGAGCUGGCUGAAGCCUUUCAUGGCGUUUUUUCUACGGUUUUUCUAAGACGAAACUUCUACAGUGCCACAACAGUGCCGGAAACGCCUGAGAUUGUGCCACCCUCGUGGAGUCCAUGGCUAGAAAAAGAACGAGAUCGCAGACUGGCUCAGGUCCAUUAUAUAGUGGAACAAGAGAUCAGCUUGUUCUAUAGUAUACCCACCACGCUAAACUUCGCUACACUACGUUGUCCUAUGCCAUGUACAGAUGAGCUCUUCCUUGCAGAGAGUGAGAAGCAGUGGCUGGCGAUCCUGGAGACUCGGAAGGAGGAAAAUUCUGUCAGUCGACGACUAAAUCCUCCUUCAUUGUCAAAUUUUUACCUCUGGUUUCAGCGUCACGACUUCUCCGAGCUCGGGUACGACGCCACACCACUGCAGAUUCGCUUGUUAUUAUGCACUAUCUCAACACAAGUGCUGCAGUACGCGCAAACGAACCGCUUCGUUCCAUCCAACGACCGAUUUGCUUCUGCCUAUAUUGGCAGAUCGAACAGUGUAUGCUCGAUGCUCCGCUUGGAGGAGCUUGAAGGUAUGCUGGGGAAAUGGAGGGCCCUUGCUUCUCGGGUCAUUUCGUCUGAUGCUCCCUCUGACAUACAACUUUGGUGCAAAUUGAUGUACCAUGUUAUUUGGCUUGAAUUAUUGAUAUGCCACGAAGACGUACAAAUCAUUGCAGGCAAAGAAGGCUACGAGAAUGGAAAGUCAUUACUCGCACAUCUACGCUGGUGGACACAAUCCUCACUUGCCCGUAGAGCAAUCUUCCAUGCAGGCCGGAUCUUCAAGAUUGUUCGACAGAGUUCCCGUGAUUUGGUGCGGCCGCUUUGGUGGCCUCUGGCUGUGUCCCGCGCGGCUUUGGUUCUAUGGUGCUACACCAUGGGAUCCAUGUUGGCAGGUAACAAACCAGCAUUGUUGGACGGAUCUAUACCGAGUGGUGGCUCGCCUGUGCCACUCUACACCUCAGACGACGAUGACUUUGCCCCACACAUGCCAGGUAUUCAUGGUUACGAAGAUAUGGCGUCUAUUCCAGACGUCCACGGUCAACUUGUCCCGCUUUGCCAGAUUUCACCUUUCUUUGAUGUGUGUAUUCAACACCUCGAUCCAGGCAGAAGUCUCAACGCUCCUAUUCGCGACAGCGUGCAUCGUUUUCUCGAAGACGUGAAGAAGUCUGGGAUGCCAUAUUGA